AUGAUGGGGAGGAAAUGGAGGGAGGAAUGAAGGAAGGGAAUAAGGAAAGGAGAUAAGAGAUGAAGGGGAGGGGAGGAGGAGGAGUAAAUCAGUGUUGGAGACUCUGACGCGGAAGAAGAAUCAGCCCCGGAGAAGGAAGAAGAAAAACCCCAAAAUGAGAGCAACCCCGUCCGGUUCCCUUCACACUUGUUGAAUAACAUUUGUCUCCAAACCCGGCGGCGAGUUUCGGACAUUUCCCCACCCGGUUUGUCGUGUCUUACUCUGAACGUGCAUGUUUCCGGCUGCAUGGCUGAACGUUUUGACUGAAAAUACCAUCCAUUUCAAAGACUUCAUACAGCCGCAAACACCCAGCAUCCAGCUUUACCGGAUCGAUAUUUCAUAUUUGAUUUAUCCGGCUUCCCAAGAAGAGGGGGGGCUUCGGGAACUACACCGAGCACGGCGCUCUCCUCGCUGCAGCGCCGCUGGGUGGCACCGCUGUCUCCGGGCGGAGGGACUCGGCUCUCGGUGUGUUGGACGGAUCUCUGAGAAAAAGACGACGAAAAGGCUUACAAACCAACCUUUACUGCCACUGUGGAACACCCACGCUGUGUUUCAGGAAGGUGGAUACACGAUUAAUAUUUCAGGAGUUUGAUGUUUGAUGUUGCCAGCCUAUGAGGCGGGAAGCUCUGGGUAAACACGCCGACAGCAGCGCCCUAACCGCCGGGCAGCACCGCUGGGUGACACCGCUGAAUCCAGCCGGUGAAAUCAUGAUUCUGAUUCUCCAGCAGGGGUUUGAAAACUAAUCUUGUUUACAUCACAAAGUCGUGACCUGGUUGCCUACUCUCUAUUCUAGGACCUGGAUAAACAGCUUCUGAAGCCUGGGGGGAAGCUUCAGGACACAUACCGAGCACGGCGCCCUGCAGCCGGGGCUGCGCUGCUCUCUCCGGCCCGGUAGGAUGUCUCGCCACCGGGGGUGGAAUAUUUAUUAGCCAUACAGGCUUUUCUGCAUUACAAGUGAACACAGUAUCACCCCGUGUUGUCGCAAUCGUGUCGGUGAGUUUGUGUGUUGGAGGACAUGGCCGACUCCGGCUGGGCCAGACCGGCGGACCCUGACGCCGCGGACAGCCGGACAGCGAGCCCUCUGACCGGGAAGAAAAGGGCGCAGCAGUCCCCUGGUGUCCGGCCGAAGCACCAAAGCUAUGCACCGGGCCACUGCCUCAAGAAAGUCACCCUGACCAAGCCCACCUUCUGCCACAGCUGCAGCGACUUCAUCUGGGGUCUCAUAGGCUUCCUCUGUGAAGUGUGUAACUUCAUGUGUCACGAGAAAUGCCUGAAGACGCUGCGCUCAGCUUGCUCCUGCAUGGCUCCGUCUUUGGUCCGGGUUCCCGUGGCUCACUGCUUCGGUCCGGCCGGUCAGAAGAAACGCUUCUGCUGCGUCUGCAGGAAACACACGGAGGGAAACACGGCGCUGCGCUGCGAAGUGUGUGAGCUGCAUGUCCACGCUGACUGCGCCAUCUUCAGCUGCGCAGACUGUCGCAGUUCUCACCUGGACGGGACUCUGCAGCAGGAUACGUUUCACCACCACUGGAGGGAGGGAAACCUGCCGUCAGCGGCGAGGUGUGAUGUGUGCCGGCGUUCCUGUGGGUCGUCUGACGUCCUGGCCGGGAUGAGGUGUGAAUGGUGCGGCCUCACGAGCCACGCGGCAUGUUACCUCGGCGUGCCGCCAGAGUGCACUCUGGGACGUCUGCGCGGCAUGCUGCUGCAUCCGUCCUGCGUCCGCCUCGACUCCAGAAACUUCAGCAAGAUGCACUGCUACCGCAUCACCGAGAGCUGCAGCCAAGAACUGGAUAACUCGGAUGAUGUCGACUCGUCUACCGCUGCAUCUAAAGACGCUCAGCCGGCUGCCGCGGAGCCCGGUAAACAGUUUCUGAAGGUGUUUGACGGAGAUGAUGCAGUCAAGCGCGGCUACUUCCGAUUGGUCUCCAUCCAUCGGGCCACGAGGAAAGAGGAAGUGGUGGAGGCGGCGCUGAGGGCCUUCUACCUCCCCGAUGAACCUCUGAGCUACGAGCUACAGGACGUCGGCAGCGUGCAGCGUCUCCAUAGCGACGACAUCCUCAACCGCAACGGCGGCCCCGACAACCGGAGCUCUCUGAAGGACGGAGGCGACGCCUGCCUGCUGAGGGCCAAACCCCGAGACGCUGAGGACAUCAAGGUGUACGCCGGCUGGCCCAGGUCGGGUACAGCCUUCGUGUCCGUCUCCGUCUCUAAGAGCAGCACGGCGGCUUCGGUCCUCACCGAGGUCCUCGGUCUGCUCCACAGACAGGAGGAAGACGCGUCCGGUUUCAGUCUGCUGGAGGUCUGCAUGAGCAGCAAGCAAGUCCAGAGACAGACGCUGAGUCCGCAGGAGAAGAUUCUGGACAAACUGCAGGAGAUCAGAAAGAUGUCUCUGCGUCUGAUGAACCAGACUCGGUUCUACGCGGUGGAGAACAGGAAGCAGGCGGUGCAGGUCUGCCUGCUGAUUGGAGGACUGGCUCCACUGCUGACCAGAGAGGAAUACGACCAGCUGCUCCACGAACACCUGGCCAUCAAGAGCCACCUGGUCACCAUCAGCCACUUCUACGCCAGCCAAGGUGCCGUGGCGUUGCAGAUCUCGUGUUUCUCUGAAGCAGAGAGGAUCUACAUGUUGGCUAAAGACACGACGGUCAACAGCAAGACGCUCACUGCGCUCGUUCUUCCAGAGAUCGCGCACAGCGAGCUGGGACCAGACGUCUGUCCUCUGCUGGUGUUUGUCAACCCGAAGAGCGGCGGUCUGAAAGGCCGAGAGCUCCUCUACAGCUUCCGCAAACUUCUGAACCCUCAUCAGGUCUUUGACAUUACCAACGGAGGGCCGCUGGCUGGCCUCCACACGUUCCGAGACGUUCCCAGGUUUCGGGUGCUGGUCUGCGGCGGCGACGGGACGACGGGCUGGGUGCUGGGAGUCCUGGAGGCCGUCCGGCACAAACUGGUGUAUCGAGAGCCGCCGAUCGGCAUCGUCCCGCUGGGAACAGGUAACGACCUGUCCCGUGUCCUGCGUUGGGGGGCGGGUUACAGCGGCGAGGACCCCCACCACAUCCUGGUCUCUGUGGACGAGGCGGACGAGGUUCUGAUGGACCGCUGGACCAUCCUGCUGGACGCACAGGACAUCUCCGAAGACGGGAAGGACAACGGCUUCCUGGAGCCGCCCAAGAUUGUGCAGAUGAACAACUACUUUGGUCUGGGAAUCGACGCGGAGCUCAGCCUCGACUUCCACCAGGCGCGAGAGGACGACCCUGAUAAAUUCACCAGCAGGUUCCAUAACAAAGGAGUGUACGUGAAGGUGGGUCUGCAGAAGAUCAGUUACAGCAGGAGUCUCCACAAAGAGCUGCAGCUUCAGGUGGACACUCAGGACGUCCCGUUACCAAACAUAGAGGGGCUGAUCUUCCUCAAUAUACCCAGUUGGGGUUCUGGUGCAGACCUCUGGGGGUCAGAGGUCGACGGUCGCCAUGAGAAACCGAGCAUCGAUGACAGUCUGCUGGAGGUGGUCGGCGUCACUGGGGUCGUGCACAUGGGCCAGGUGCAGAGCGGUCUGCGCUCAGGGAUUCGUAUUGCUCAAGGGAACUACAUCAGGCUGACGGUGAGCAAACCCAUCCCUGUCCAGGUGGACGGAGAGCCGUGGAUCCAACCGCCGGGACACAUCAUCAUCUCUGCUGCUGGACCAAAGGUCAGGAUGCUGAGGAAGUCCAAGCAGAAGCAGAAAAAGUGUGCCGCUGGCUCUAAGGACGGACGUUCAGAGAGUCCUUCCUCCAGAGGCGGAGGACACUGACCGACCCGCCAGCAUCCUGCCUUUAACCUUCUCCCCGCUGCACGUCGGCGGCCACUUUGGUGCCAGCGGCUGGCUGUGGUUUCACUCAUAUAGCUGACGGGCGGCAGAACGACUCGGAGACUGAAGGUUUUAACGUUUACAGCCUGCACACGUGGGAGGAAGACCUGGAUCGCCUCACGUUUUGGUCCAGUUGGAAUCACAUUUCCGUCCUGCUGACCGAGCACCUAUCACUUACAGAGUUCACACGGUUAAUAUUCAGCAACUAAAACAUACUUUUUUGUACUUAAAACGCAAGAUAUAUGAAGUAAUUCAUAGAUUUAAAAUAGGAGUUUUUUGCAUAGAUUAAAAAAGUAGACAAUUUCUCAGUGUGGAUAAGCUUCAGAGUUGAACAAAACAUAACUUUUUAACAGAAGUUGGUAAAUUUCUGUGCAGAUGUGACUGUAUAUGUACAGUAAGUAGCAGUAGACUCAAUCAAGUGUCAGUUGAUUUAUCAUAAUAACUUUAGUUGUGAAAAUAAUGUGCAGCUAUCGAGUGAUUAUGACCUCAGUGUUGGUCGCAUUGUUAGAAAAUAUAAAGAAAAUGAAUACUGAAGCGCUCCUGACAGGCAGUCUCUUUAAAACCCUUGUGUUGUCUCCCCAUCAACAAUGAAAAACUCACUUUUGUUGUCCCUAUCUCAAUGUUUUAGUCGCUUUUUUAAAA